UAAAUAGGCAACACAAUCCAGAACGAUGGGAAAAAGUUGCACUGGAGUUAAAGCGUGGCGUCCUGUUGCGAUAUUUCCCGCAGCCAGCUUCAGGAAACUCACCGUUUCCAUUCACUGACAUCAGUCCUGAGCGCAACAGCCUGCAGCACUGGAUCUGCAGACUACCGCGGAGGGGGGAGAACGUCAGCAGCAGCAGGGAUCAAACUUUUUUUAUGCGUUAUAGCUGAGAGGUUGCUGCGUCGGAUUCAACAGAAAUUAUGAAUUUUAUUCUCGUCUGCCUGCUUUGUGGAUUGUACGGUGUUUUUGGAAAAGAUAAAGAGCAAAAGGGAAGGUUCAGCGCCCCGCUCCUGGACGUCAAGAGUCGGCAGCUGGUCCUGGAGGCCAACAAAACUCUGCUGCUCAACUGCAGGGGUCGCUGGGAGCUGUCAUGGGCGUUUCCUGCAGGCAUGGACCGAGAUCAUGUGGAAGUGGUUAACUCGCGUUGUGGAAGGACGCACCAGCACUACUGCAGCCGUCUUCGUGUCAGCCACAGCCAGAUCUGGCACACCGGCCUGUACCGCUGCCGCUACAGGCACAGGACCCAGCAACAGCGCUCUGUCUACGUGUAUGUCACAGACAGCCAGCAGCCAUUUGUGGAGCACCCUGACAUGAGUCCUGCCGUGUUGUACAUGAAGGUGAGGGAGCCGCUGGUCAUCCCCUGCCGGGUCACCAACCCCAACAUCACCACCACUCUGGUUAAGUACUACAACAGGCCAAUGAACCGAGACCAGAGGAAUAUCGCCUGGAGCAGCAAGAAAGGUUUCACCAUCCAGGAGCCCAACUUCUCCGACAUCGGCCUCCUCCACUGCGUGGCGGUCGUCGACGGAGUCAAACACGACUCGCGCAAAUACUUUGUAUACAGACCAGUGAGUAACAUCACGGAGGUGUAUCUGAACACCAGCGGGGAUGUGCGGGCCCUGAAAGGGGAGAGGCUGGCGCUGAACUGCACCGCCACUGCAGAGCUGAACACCAGAGUCAACAUCACCUGGGACUAUCCUGGAAAGACAAACAACGCAGGCUCCAGCUUUAAAAGGCUGGUGAAGCACCCGAUGCACAUGGUCUUCUACAGCGUGCUGACCAUCCCGAAGCUGCAGCGCUCCGACCGGGGCCUCUACACCUGCCGCGUCACCAGCGGCGAGCAGAGCAAACAGCAGCAAACCACGGUCACCGUCUACAAUCGUCCGUUCAUCCGUCUGAAGCCGAGAAAUGGAACGGUGGUGGAGGUGCAAGCGGGCCAGAAAUCCUACAAACUUUCCCCGAAACUUCGAGCGUUCCCUCCCCCUGAGGUUGUAUGGUUGAAGGACGGUCAGGUGGCAGCAGAUCGGUGCUCCAGAUACCACAUGGACGGGACUUCCCUGGUCAUCCGGGACGUCGCAGAGGAGGACGCGGGAAAAUACACCGUCCUCGUAGGGAUCCAGAAACACGCUCUCUAUCAGAACCUCACGCUCACGCUUGUGGUGAAUGUGAGCCCUCAGAUCGGCGAGAAAGCGGUGUCGUUGCAGGACCCCGGCUCCGUACCUCGGGGGAGCAGAAAACUGCUCCACUGCACAUCCCACGGAGUCCCCCCUCCACAUAUUCAGUGGCUCUGGCAUCCGUGCCCGUCCAAAGGCCUGUGUUUUACAUCCUCCUCCUCGCUGUGGAGCCCUGUGACGGAGAGUCUCCCCGCUACAUCUGCGUACAACCACAUCCUGAGUGUUACUCACACACAGGAAGUUCUUCAGGGGAACGAGAAGACAGUGGGGGUCCUGACCGUCGCAGAGGCCUCCGUGUCUGGAGUGUACCGCUGUAUCGCCUCCAACUCUGCGGGAACGGACCAGAUGGAUGUUCCCUUCUAUGUCACAGAUGUCCCGGACGGCUUUAGCGUAGCCCAGCUGGAGCAGGCCAGGGAGGGUGGGGACCUUCAUCUCGCCUGUUCUGCAAACAAGUACCUGUACACAGCGCUGUCAUGGCGAAAACUGAAUGACACGGGAGGAUCCCGCUCUCCGGCCUGGAACACGCAUCACCUCGAACCGGGGGAGUUCUCCAACGCCGUGGUCCUGACCUUAAAGAACCUGAGUGCCGAGGACUCUGGGGCCUACAGAUGCUCCGCCCUCCAAGUCAUCAGCGGGCGGGAGCUGCACCUGGACACCCAGGUGGAGGUCACAACCCUGGAGCCGCCUGUGCUGCUCAGCAAUUUGACGGACUGCACCGUGAACGCCAGCAGCUCGGUGACCCUGAGCUGCGAGUCUCGAGGAAUCCCACCGCCAACCAUCACGUGGUACAAAGACGAACGGGUCCUGCAGCAGGGAUCAGGCAUCGUCCUGUCAGCGGGAGACGGGACUCUCCAUAUUGACAGGAUCACCGCAGACGACCAAGGCCUGUAUACGUGCCUGGCCACCAACGACCGCGGAUCUGCUGAGAGCUCUGCCUACAUACGGGUCAACAGUCCAUCAGAAGUCUCCUUUCUGGAAAUUCCCACCUUGACCUGUACCUGUGUGGUGGCCACUCUCUUCUGGCUCUUGCUCACGCUCUUUAUUCGGAAAUUGAAACAACCGAAUAUUGCAAACCAAAAAGCAGACUACUUAUCAAUCAUAGUGGAUACAGGAGAGGGGCCCGUAGCGGAGCAGUGUGAGCGCCUGCAGUAUGACCCCAACCAAUGGGAGUUCCCUCGGGAGCGUCUUAAAUUGGAGAAACCUCUCGGCCGCGGGGCCUUUGGUAAAGUGGUACAGGCGUCGGCCUUUGGCAUCGACAGCUCUACCGGCUGCAGGACCGUGGCUGUGAAGAUGCUCAAAGAGGGCGCCACCGUCAGUGAACACAAGGCCCUGAUGACUGAGCUGAAGAUCCUCAAUCACAUUGGAAACCAUCUGAACGUGGUCAACCUGCUGGGGGCCUGCACCAAGCCAGGAGGACCGCUGAUGGUUAUUGUGGAGUACUGUCGCUUCGGAAACCUCUCUGCGUUCCUCAAAAACAAGCGAGACGUGUUUGUGCAUUACCGGCAGGCAGGAGGAACAGCUGCAGGGCCCGGUUUUGUCUCAAUCCUCUCCAACAGCCAGACCGCCGUCAUUUCAGAGUCUGGUGACACAAAAGACAAAUGCCCUGAUCCAAAACUGCUGUCGUCAUCCUCCUUCCCUCUUUUCCUGGAGGAUCUCAUUUCCUUCAGCUUUCAGGUGGCGAGAGGAAUGGAGUUUCUGGCAUCUCGCAAGUGUAUCCACAGAGAUCUGGCUGCAAGGAACAUCUUGCUGACUGACAAUAAGGUGGUGAAAAUCUGUGAUUUCGGCUUGGCCAGGGACAUCUACAGGGACCCAGACUACGUCAGGAAAGGAGAUGCUCGUCUCCCUCUGAAGUGGAUGUCUCCUGAGUCAAUCUUUGACAAGGUUUUCACCACCCAGAGUGACGUGUGGUCCUACGGGAUACUGCUGUGGGAGAUCUUCUCUCUAGGAGCCUCUCCAUACCCCGGUCUUCACAUUGAUGAGGAGUUUUGUCACCGGCUGAAGAGCGGAACGAGGAUGCGCGCGCCAGAAUACAGCACCCCUGAAAUUUACAGCACGAUGUUGGCGUGCUGGGAGGCAAACCCUUCAGAGCGACCCACCUUCACCAGCCUGGUGGAGAUAUUGGGAGACCUGCUACAGGCCAGAGUCCAGGAGGAUGGGAAGGACUACAUUCCUCUGGGAGCUUUUAUGAAUGGAGAUCGCUGUGAGGCCUUUAAGGACAACCCAUUUGCAGUCACAAACCUGAGCUACAUGAGGGGUAUGGCCACACUUCAGACUUUUGAGGAAUUACCCUGUGAGGAGCAAGACAGCCGUGAUGAAGAGCAGAGCGACAGCGGGAUGGUCCUUCCUUCAGAGGAGCUGAAGCAAAUGAUGCAGAGUAACACCAAGAACAAGAAAGUCAGCAGGUUCUCCAUGUUUUCUAAGUGCAGAGGCAACCAGGCGGCCUUUCUGUGCAGCAACGGCUCCGGUCUCUGUGAAAACGAGCCCUCCAUCCUGCCCGCUGACUGGGAGUCCGACGAGAGCUGCUCUCCUCCUCCAGACUACAACUCUGCCUUCCUCUACCCAUCCCUUUAGCUCCUGGCUCCCUGCCGUGUGAUCCUCAGUCUCCUUUCCAACAGAGUUCCCGCCUCAGUAUUCAGCCAUCCAAAGCCUUCUCUCCUUUCACACUUCGCUGGUUGCAUCCUCUACCUCGCGGUAAUGCCUGCAGGUGUUCCCAUAACGUCAUCUUUCCUAAAGUCUAAGCUCAAGAAUGCAUUCAGAGAGUCUAGAGCUAGAUUUCUAAAAUCGGAAACAAAACAUCUGAUGCAAAAUCGACAAGAAUGACGUUUCAGACUAAUUUUCUCCUCUGGCCAGAGCAGCUAAGCUUCCAGAAGUUAGCCUGAUCUCUAUAUAAAGCUUAUUGUAUUGGUACCUCCUGCUUUGUGAAGAGGAGCAUUGCUGUAUGGAAUAACCGUUCCUCUUGCACAACUUCUAUAUGCUGGAUGAAAAGAUAGUAUUCAUAUUAGACAUUAGACAGAGUAAAUAAAUGUAUUUAUUUCUACUUUAUAGUCAUGUUAUAGACGAGUUGAGCAUUUAUGUGCUCAUUAUUAUUUAACAGAAUUUUCACUGUAUUAUGUACAUAUACCUCUGAGUAAGGCAGUUUAAUCCUGAAAUGCACUGAAAUCUCCUUUCAAUGUGUUCAUAGAUUUAAAUAGCAAAGCUUUUGUACCUCUGGAGUGUUGCCCUUUAUCAGGUGUUGACAUGAGAAUUAAUCAAUUUCAGCAAAGUGGCAUUAUUAAUGAUUAAGUUUAGUUUACUAAAACCUCAAAUGUCUCACACUGUUCUUAUAGCGUAAUCUCGUCCCCAGAUAUUGAAUAUACAUAUCUAUAAAUGCUUUUCUUUUUGUUAUUCGGCAUGUUGUAUGGUGUUUUUAUUUGGCACCAAGAGAAGAACUAAGUAAUUUUAGUUCUAACAAAACAUAUUUCUCUUUCCUACACACAUAGCUGCUGUUACAUUUCCUGUCCCAUACACUCAUCGUGGGCAUCAUUAGGAGCCUCAUUGAGGCAUGAGGCUCCUAAUGAUGCAUUUGGACCAUUCUUCUGUCAAAUAGUUCUAAAGCAAAUUUUUUUUAAUAGUUUUAGAAAACAAAAUUUAGGUGCACAUAUUUGAAUGUAUUGUGGACUUGACCAAAUCCACACCAGGUCACAGUUAUGCCUACAAGGCUAAGCAAUUCAGAUACAUCCCCACUGAUAUUAGGCUACAAAUGCAUUAAGUUGUACCUUAAACACCAAGCUUCUGUUAAUUGGUUUCCUGACAUACACCUGUUUUAUAAGCCUAGUCAACUAUUCAAUGAGGUGGAGGUCAUGAUACGAUGCUUUCUUGAUUUGUUUGGAUGAUGAUACGAUAUUCUCCGAUAUCACAAAGUCUGUCAUGAUUUCCAAUCGAUGUGAUCAAUAUGGUGCGAUAUCAUCUGGCCUACUAUUAUUUACAUUGAUAUCAGCUCAUGAUUAAUGAUUAGACAAUUUUCAAAGCUGUUACAUGUAUGAGGCAUUGAAAUCAAAAACAGCAUGCUUCUAAUUUUAAAAUAUUAAUAUUGAUAAUAAUAGAUUACCUAUUCAUUAUAGUCUCAUGCCUGCAUUUAAAAAAAAUUAUCUUAAAAAUUAUACGGUUCGAUAUUUUCAUUUUGCAUCCAUGUGAUUGUACCAUUGCUCUUUCAAUUGUUUAAUUGUUAUCGAUGUGGAUCGAUGUAUCAUUACACCCUUAGUGGAGGUCAGGAUUUAAAUAAAUAUAAGGUAAAUAUCAUGUAAGAUUGUUCAUAUAAGCCCGAUCUAUUGAUUUCAUGACCAGCUUUGAUGUGUGUUGAGCAUCAGGCGAGGUUGUCAAACAUAGUCAACUUUAUUUGCAUAGCACCCUUCAGCAACAAGGUGGCUCAAAUUGCUUUACAUCAUUAAAACAUCAUGAACACAUCAAAACAGUCACAGUAACAAAUAUUAUAUUAUAUCAAAUGAAAACAACAUAGAUACACAUCGACUAUGUUGGUCAAUGGUCCUGUUAUUUUGGGUGGUAAGAGACUCUAAACAGGCGGGUGUUCAGUCUUGAUUUAAAGGAACUCAGUGUUUCGGCUGAUUUGCAGUUUUCUGGAUGUUUGUUCCAGAUUUGUG